UUGGAACAUACACACAAUCUCAAACAAUAAAAUCCUCUGCAGAAUAUCAUUCAUCACAAGGCAAACUCAUAUCUUGCCAUGGCCUCCUACUACAAGUCCAUCAUGUUGGCUUUCUUUUUCAUUGCUAUUUCCUUGUCAAGCAUGGACAUUGGCCUAGCAGCUCGCCAUCUUCUGCAGACAAGUCCAACUCUGCCAAAACCAGCAUUGCCAACUCUGCCUCCAAUUCCAACAUUCCCUACUCAGGGAAAUCUUCCACCAUUGCCAACUACAAUCCCAUCUCUUCCUACAAUUCCCACUAAUAUUCCAACUCUUCCAAAGUUCACUCUGCCGCCACUUCCUGCAGUCACUUCACUCCCAAAUUUUCCCACAAUCCCAACCACUAUGCCCUCCAUCCCUUUCUUCUCUCCACCACCUUCCACAACCACCCCCUGAAUUCAUUAAUGAAGCUACUCUGCUUCAGUUGGAGAAGCACUUAUCUUUGGGCUUCAGUUCUGGACUUCACUGAUUGAUUAGCUUAUCUGCUUUUUAUGUUGUUUACCGAUAAUAUCAUACGUUGUUAUUUAUUGUCGUUUUCCUCCCUUCAUUCUUGUAUGCAUGGCGUGGCAAUAUUGUAUUUUUCUUCAUUACUUCAUGGAUGUACACGGUGACCUAUUGUUAUACAAUACACUUUAUAGAUUAUAUUAAAAAUAUUUUAUCCUUCAUAAA